CGAACACGCGUCCCGAUUUUAUUGCGCAUUUCUGGACGAAAUCGGAAUUCGAAUUUAUAUUUUUUCUCGCCCCAUUCUUCGCGGCCAGUGUUUGUUUGCUUACCGAUUCGGACUUAAUUCGAUUCGAAAACUUUUUUCAUUGUUGUGUUGCGUUUGUUUAUAACGAGCUGCUAUUAUUGUUUUUGUUUUAAAUAAAGUUGUUUUGGUAAACAAAUAUGAUUAGAAAUAUAAAAUAGCAGUUAUGAACGUAUGAUGUACCCGUCGCAAGAUGCCAAACAUGGACCUUUGAAGUUGAAUCCGUUUGUGACGCAAAAAUACUUAGACCACAACAUUAUGUUGAAGACUAUACAGAACUUGUACAAAAAUAACGGCCCUUUCAACAUGACAUCCCCGUUUCUGGUCGACAACAUUCUGCAUCAACAGAAGACCGUAAAUUUCCACAACCAGUACAUAAACCAGCAGCUAGAGAACUACGUAUUGCAGCGGCAGAGCUAUGAGCAGCAGAUCUCGAGGGAAAAUUCACCGGAAAUGGAAGAAUCGAAGACACAGGAAACCGAAGACGACUGCAAUCGAAACGAUGAAUCGAUCGACGAUACGAAAAUCGAACACGACGACGAUUCAAAAAGCCGAGACGAGGAUGACACUGCUUACGUCAAACACGAGCAGCCCGCGUUCCACACCGAAUUUUACCGGGAAAACGCAGAAAAAGAAGUUCUAAACAUUCCAAAUUUAAAUUUGUCGCGGCGCUGCCAGAGCUGCGGGGCGUACGACUGUUCUCCUUUCGCCUGCAAAAAGUCCGGAUUACGGCGAUUGGAAGAAUUAGAAAAGAGGUUUAUGAAUUAUCAGGAAAACUCCGGUGAUGAGAGUGGUGAGGUUGGUAGCACUGAGAGGAAAGGUUAUACUGAUGAGAUGGUGAGGAAUUGUGAGGAGUUUAAUAAUGAACCGAAGAAACCUCUGUUGAAAUUCAGUGUGAGUGCCAUAUUGGGAGAUCGCGAGGACAGAGAUAGUGCUGCCAAAAGCAAUGGCGUUAAUGAGUACCGAGCCCACCCGUACACCUCGCCCUGGCCGACGCUGGCCAAGCCCAUCGCGAGCAGACCACUACCGCUGCAGCACCAGCACCUGCACAUGCUGCACUGCGCGCACCCCUACCUCGCCGUGCGGCAGCCGCAGGCACACACACAAGUGUUCCCGCUGCCUGGCGCCUUCCCGUGGGCGCACAGCUCCAGGGGCAAGCCCCGGCGCGGCAUGAUGCGUCGAGCCGUGUUCUCGGACCUGCAGCGCAAGGGGCUGGAGAAGCGGUUCCAGGUGCAGAAGUACAUCUCCAAGCCGGACCGGAAGAAACUGGCGGAGAAACUAGGCUUGAAGGAUAGUCAGGUGAAGAUCUGGUUCCAAAACCGCCGCAUGAAAUGGCGGAACUCGAAAGAGCGGGAACUGCUAGCUUCCGGGGGCUCUCGGGAGCAAACAUUACCCAACAAGAACAACCCACACCCCGACCUCUCCGACGCAGAGGCCGACAAGCCGAAACUGUCCCCAAUAUCCACACCAGAAGACGGAGACGACAAGAAAAUGUACGCUUCGACCUCCCAAAACGAAAACUUUAGAGGUUAUGAAGAUAAAAUGGCGGGAAUAUUUAAUCGCGAGUUUUCCAAUAUGGCGGAUGAAGGCGAAGAGUUUGAAAGCGAUGCUAGCGCGUCGGAUGAAGAGAUCAAUGUGACAUGACGUGUUUUAGCGAAGUGGUCUGUAAUUAUUGUGUAAAAAGUUACUUUUAGGAAGUUUAUUGGGUUUUGUUGGAACAGCUGCCGUACCACUUACUGCUUAUUCUGAGGGUAUCCUGCAUACCCGAUGCCUUACCACCACUGACAAGUUAGCAAUCUCA